GUGCGGGAGUGGCGGCAGGAGCUCCAGGAGGGCACCUCUCCCCGGGUGCGCGUGCUGCUGCGCUACCGGUGGACCUGCGCGUUCGCGGACGCCCUCGGGGCGCCGGUGCUGCUGCAGCGCGAGGGCGUGGCCGACCCCGGGGGCCUGGCGCGGGAGCUGGGCUGGGAGGUGCUGCUGGUGCACUUCUGUGCCGAGCUGGAGGACGCGCUGGAGCUGGCGAGGGAGCGGAUGCUGCAACGGGGGUCCUGUGUACCUCCUUCGUCGAGAUUCACGACCUGGGGAACUACGGGUUCGUGCCGAGCUGGACGAGCCGGGCCAUGGCCUCGAUCCCCUGCCCAGGGCCCCGGGACAAGGUGUACCCCGAGCGCGUGA